AUGUCUACAACUGUAGUUUACCCUGAUAUCACCUUGAAAACUCUGAGGAGCGAGCUGAGUGUUCUCCUUGGCAAGGAGAGGAGCAUCAACAAGUACUCCUUCCUGAAAUGUGUGGGCCAGAGCCUGGCACUGGUGAAAGGUAAACAGGAAGGAGAUCUGAAAGUGAAAUUAUUCGCUCCACCCUAUGCUGCACAGCCAGAACUUUACCUGCUGCCCACCGUGGAGACAGAGAGCAGUUUCUUCUCCCAGUCCUUCACCCUGGACACCAGCAGCAGCUCCGCAGAUGAGCAGACGUACUGUCCAUCUCCCAGGAUGUUCAGCUUGCCAAUGAGGACAAAGGGAGCUGUUAAAUUCCCCCACAUCCCCCAGUGUUCCCAGCAGCCACCUCCCACUUCUGGGCUGGAGGAGGAGGAGGAGGAUGACGAGGACGAGGACGAAGAGGAGGAUGAAGACAACCAGAGCUGCAGCUCCUCAGAAAAUGAAGAGGAAUCUCUGUGCUCCACCAGGAGAGCAGAGCAGCAGAGUUGCCCAGGGAAACCUCAGACUCAGACGACACUGCAGCUCGUUUCACUGAAAAAAGCUUUAGGAAGAUGUGAAGCUGAGUCCGUUCAGGGGAAACGGGUACCAAAUGGAAAGGAAACAUGCAAAAAGAAGAAACCAUGCCAAAGUGACAGAAACUCAGGAGCUCCCCAGUCUCAUGAGGACAAGGAUUCAGGCUUCUCACUCUCAGAUGGGGUUGGAAAAUCCAAAGGAGAGACACUAAUCGAGGAAAUCAAGUUGAUGAAGGAGGAGAGGAAGCAACUAGAGUGGACAAGACAAGAGCUGCUGAGAAAGGGCAAAGACCUGUUGGCUCAGAGCAAACAUCGCAGGAACUUAGCGCGUGACCGCUGGAAAAAGAAAUACUUUGAAGCCAAGAAGGCCACAGCACCAUUGGAAGAAAAUCUGAGGGAUUUAAGACAAGAACUGGAGAUAUAUUACAACAAACUCCUGUACCAGCUCCAGGCCAGAGACUACAGAGGAAAACAAGGACGACCAGGACCGUCUUCAUUAAAGAAUGAGGUCAUCAUUCAGAUCAUGAAGGAGAUCUAUGAGACUGACGACCUAAAGCGGAAGGUAGAAGAUGCCAAGAUGAAACUUCUAACAGAGAUGAAGUUGAGGAAGCAGGCAGCUACAGAGCUAAGAGCACUGAGGGCUGAGCUGGCCCAGAGGAAAAGUCAAUCAUCUCAUCCCUCACUGAUGCAAAACACCGUUCAGAACAGAGCACCACUUCAAAGCAGCUGCAUCUAAAAUGUGACUAAGGCUGCUCAUCUGGUCUUGAAAAAUGGAUCGAAAUGCCAAAAUGUCUACAA